AUGGUGUCACUUAAAACCACAGCUCUGCUGGCGCUCACGACAUUAUUCGAAGCCACCAGGGCUGCCUAUGGAAACCAAACUACCUCGUCAACAACUUUAAGCCAAAUAACGCCCACCUCCACGGGUUUCUUAUCAAGCGUUCAAUUGAUAGAUGCCCAGACGGGAACAAAUACGUCGGACGACAAAAACCACUGGUUUCUCAUCGAGGCUGGCGUUUACCUGUCAGCCAAUUUCUCUGAUGAACUCUAUUUGACUGUACCACCAGAAUUCACGAAUUUGCCCUCCGGUCCCUUCGAUUUGAUGGAUGGUUCAAAUGUAGCAGGCUCUGUGACCUACAAUUCCUCUAACGUCUUUACUAUCAUUCCUAGCGUUGCCGGGCAAAAUGACCGCACUGCAACCUUCAACUUUCUAACUAAGCUUUCCUCUAGCGCAGCUGAUGCAAUUACUUCCCCUGGAAACAUUGAUUAUACAUUUGAUGUCUCUAGCGGCAAGCCUUUCGUCCAAACUCUCAAUUUCGCCGCUAGAAGUUCAACGGUCUCAUCAACAAACGCAGGAGUUACUCAAGACAGUCGUAUUUGGUACUCGCUCGAAGUGCCAUUUUCCGAGUAUCCGGGAUCUCUCAACUUUGCUGCUACGUUUUCGGAUGCGGACGCCUUUAAAUUCGACCCUUCGAUGACCAAUGUUCAGAUUGUGACAGCUGUGGAUGGAUUUAACAAUCCAACAAAGGCUGUAAACUUUACAGGUUACACUGAUAACUCAGAUCAGUAUGGUAUUAAUCUUAAUGUGAGCACCCAGAUCAGUGGUGGGAGAGCACUUCUCUUUAAAUUUUUUAGCGAACCUGCAUCGAAGAACUCUGCAGAAAUUGUCGCAACAUUGAGAUAUCCUACGCUCAGUACUUAUAAAAGAGAAAUUUCCAUUAUCUUCGAGGAAAACGUUUAUCUCAUCCCCCAAGCAAAUGUGGGCGAGUUUGGUGAGACAGUCUCUGUGAUGACAGAUUUCCAAUGGUUCUCGACAAUUAGUGCUUCAAACAGCUCAAUGGCUGCCCCAACCAUAAUGCCUACAACCUCAACGAACAGCUCCGGAACGGUCAGCACAACUUUCACUGGUUCCUUGAGUUCUCCUACUACCAUCGCUGCAAACGGGACGAACGCUUCGGCGAACUCAAACAAUACAGUGAUUACAAAAUCUGCAUUGACCAUUAAUGGUUCUCUUACCUACACAGUUGUCACAAAAACUGAUAGCGGAGAGUAUGAUAUUUUCACAAGCUUGAUUCCCGUCGCUACGCUGUCGUCGAGCUCGAGCGGUGCUUUUCCAACCAUUACUAGCUCAAGCGCUGUGAAUAGCUUGGUGAGAACCGAAUCUGGAAGCAAGCUCAUUACAACAACUGAAAACGGCCAAGAAACUGUUUUCACCAGCUGGUUCCCAGUCGCAACACUCACUUCUUCUGCGAACGCAGUAUCUCAAGCAGACACCGGCACGAUACUCACAAACGCUAACCUGCCAACGAGCGGCGUUACAACGAAAUUCUUCACCAGCCAAUAUUUAACUAGCGUCAUUUUCACAACGACAAGUAACGGAAAGGUGAUUGAAUAUACUAGUUGGUACCCUGUCACAACCGAGUGGUCACAAGUUUCGACAAAAACUCCACAAGAUUACACUGCUUCUGACAGAAACGGCCAGGCUAUUACAUCCGUUAAAAGCUCGAGCGAUAUCCCCAUAAAAUCUGCGUCUCAAAUUGACAGAAGUUCCAGUAUUACGACGACAGGACUUCCCACUAAAACUGGACAAGCUGAAACCUCUUCUGGCUCAGCUAGUCAGUCCAGAUCCUUUGCAAUGACUGCAGGAAACGCUGCUGAAAUGUCAACAUUGAUCUCUGGAACCGUGAUCUCAAGAACAAAUGUGCAGACUCCUUCAGUAACAGUUAUUGAGAGCUUGCUUGGAGCCGAGAGUACAGCAGGACUCUUAGCGAGUAUGUCAUCCAUGCCAAGCCCUUCAUCAACAAUCUCGGUGGAUGCAAAUAACAGCAUAGGGACCACCCGUUCGGUUAAAACGUUGACGUCCUCAAGCAUGACUUUCUCGAUUGGGACAGAGAGUGUUUCCACCUAUAAAGCAUUGAUCGGUUCACAGCCAUCAGGUUCCUCAACCCCCGGAAUGAGUUCGAGCGCAAUCUUUUCAGUUUUCGAUGGUUCCGCUAGCCAACUGAAAAGUGGAUUAUUCGUACUCGUGAUGGGAUUUGUGACGUUCUGGCUUUAA